AAUCUAAUCUAUUUUCUGUUGUAAAUACUUCAUGUCGAUCUAAUGAAAACGACCAAAAAGUUGUCCAGUUGCAUUGCCAUUGGUAGUUCAUAUUUGGUUAAUUAGAGUCUAAAGGUCUUUUAAUUUGAAAGGAUUUUAUUGGUUAGUUUUAGACUCGAGUCUCAGUAAAGAACAAUUAUAUAUGUAUACAUAAGCUUUAAAAAUGUUAUGGAAACGAAACGCAAAGUUCUUGGUUGAUCAGAAACACUAUUUGAAUGAUUGGUUUAUGAGAACAUAAUACAUUGGGGGUCUAAAUCAAACGCAUAAGAUGAAUGAACAUAAUAGCUAGAGAAAUAAUUUGGUUUCACUCAUUCUUCUUGAAUAUGAUUCAGUUUUUUUUUUUUUUUUUUUCCAGAAUUACUGAAACUUUUUUCCAUGUGUUUUUAUAAUAGAUAGUGAAAUAUAAGAGGAACACUUAUUUCUACAUACAUAUUACGUCUGAUAUUUUAAGCUAGGCCUAGGCAUAGGGCUUUUCUUUUGCUCGGUUAAAACUUAAACUACUCUUGAAGAAGACUCUCUUUCUUAUAAAUAAAACCCAACCUUGCAUGUCUUCACUUUCAAGUUUUCUCUUUGUUCUUUGCUUCUCCAUAAAGCUCUCUGUUAACCUAACGAGCAAAAGCAUCAACUGAAGAGAGAUUCCAAAGACAACUUCACUAGAUAAACCGAUCACAUUUCUUUACCUACCUGAAAAGUUAUCUUUCCUCCUUCAGACACAAAAAACUAGUCAUAUACAUACAACGUAGACAGAGAGAUGAGUGAAUCAAAUAUUUACUCUUUACCAUUUACCCCAUUACAAUCAUCAUGCCUCCUUUCCGUUUUCGCAUCCCAUUCUUCUCUUCCAACUCUCCUUCUCGUCUCUCUUCAGGGACUUCUUCGCCAUCGCCACCACCAACUCCUCCUCCUCCUCCUUCACGCCCUCCUUUUCGUCCUGCAGGCAUCGCUCAGCCGUCAAAGCCAGAAAAAAGGUCCAAGGUGUCACCGUCACUUUCUAAGAGUAGAAGCAAUGUUGCGGCCCUAGCAGCUUCUUCACCCGCGUCUCAAUUGCCUUCUAGCGGUGCAGCCACGCCAACCCGGCUGGUGAAACAGACUAACCAACAAUCUGCUUCUCCAUCAAAGAAACUGGAUUCUCUGAGGAUUGAGGAACAAAAGGUGACGACGAAAGAGAAGCCACCGGGAGAAACUAAAAAUGUAGCUGGCGAGAAUAUCAAUCCGGUAAAAGAGAAACCACCGAUUGCUCGUCUAGAAGAGCAUUUAGAACGAAAAGAAACAGAGGCAGUUCAGGAACAGAGGAAGAAGACAGAAGCAGAGAGACUUGUGAUGCAAGAAAAUAAGAAAGUCCUUCCUGAAGGCAAUGGGGAGAAGUCAGCAUCAGAUAUUGGACAACAGAAGAGUAAAGAAAUCGAGAAACUUGUGCUACAAGAAAGGAAGAAAGUUCUUCAUGAAGGCAGUGGAGAGAAGUUGGAAACAGAUCAGGGACAACAGAAGAGCAAAGAAACCGAGAAACUUGCAUCACAAGAAACGAAGAGACCGCUUCAGGUGGUAGGCAGAGAAGAUACAACGCGAAGCAAAACCACACGACAUAUUGCAGCAGCAUCAGAAACCACGAGAGGACCGAGAGAUCUACCGGAGAAAAAGACAGAAACGCAAAACAGAACAGAGAUUCACACCGAUGACAAUCAUCAGAAACCCAAAGGCGCAUUAACGAGUAAUCUUGGAAAUCCGAGAGUUACGACUGGACAGGGAUCAUCAUCUUCAAUGAGCAGAAAGAUCAAAGAAGACAUCAGAGAUGGAAUCAGUAAGCUUACUUGGGGAAAAGGCAACGGCGAUGAGAAAUCCGUGAACGUCUAUACUCUAACUGGAGAAAACAAAGGAGCCACAAUGGGAAUAGGUUCUGAGAAAGACAAAAAAGACGGUGAGGUUCAUAUUCGCCGUGGCUACAAAAGUAACCCAGACGAGAGCCCUAACACCACAACCAUGGAAACCGAAAACCCUAAAGACGACGAAGCAGAGGAAGAAGCGAGGUUGAAGGCAUACAUAAACGGAAAUACUCAAGGGAUAAACAAUUCCAUUGUAGUCGAGAGUUCAAUAAGUGAGAAUGAUCCAGGAGUUCAUAUGAGUUUAAAAUUGGAAAUAUCAAAGAAGGAAGUUAUAAAUCCGGCAGAGAAUGUGGAGGAGGAGAAGAAACCGGAGACGGUGACAGCGACGAAGAAUGAGCCGAGAGUAAGGAGGAGAUGCUUGAGAGGGUUACUUGCGGAGUCGAGUGGGUCGGAUCCGGAUAAUCCCUUGAAGCCACGGAGACAUGGUUGCCGGUUUACUUGUAAAGACAAAGAUAUCGAGAAAACUUCAAAAUAUAUGUAAAUUUUAUGAAAUUCUAUUCGAUCAAACUAUAUUUGCUCCUUAA